CAGCCUCGGCGCCCGCGUCCCGCCGUGCGCUCCCCGCCGCGCUUGUCCGGUUAUAUCAACAUGCCCUCUUUCCUGUUGCUGGAAGUCCUCUUCAUUUUCCUGUUUUCUGGAGUACGCCAGUCUCAUCCUCUUCAGGAAGUCCACGUAAGCAGGGAGACCAUUGGGAAGAUUUCAGCGGCUAACAAAAUGAUUCAGUGCUCGGCAGCAGUGGACGUCCUGUUUCUGAUAGACGGAUCGCACAGUGUCGGGAAGGGGAGCUUUGAAAGGUCUAAGCACUUUGCCAUCAUGGUCUGUGACGCUCUGGACAUCAACCCUGAGAGGGUCAGAGUGGGAGCACUCCAGUUCAGUUCCGCUCCUCGUCUGGAAUUCCGCUUGGAUUCGUUUUCAUCCCAACAGGAAGUGAAGGCAAAAAUCAAGAGGAUGGUCUUCAAAGGAGGGCGCACAGACACAGGCCUCGCCCUGAAAUACCUUCUGCGCAAGGGGUUCCCCGGGGGCAGAAAUGCCUCCGUGCCCCAGAUCCUGGUCGUCGCCACCGACGGGCGGUCCCAAGGGCAGGUGGCGCUGCCCGCCGAGCAGCUGAAGGAAAGAGGCGUCACCAUAUUUGCCGUCGGGGUCCGGUUUCCGAGGUGGGAGGAGCUGCACACACUGGCCAGCGAGCCGAGGGAGCAGCACGUGCUCACGGCCGAGCAGGCAGAGGAUGCCACCAACGGUCUGUUAAGUACCCUCAGCAAGGCUGCUGUCUGCACCUUUGCCUCUCCAGACUGCAAGGUCCAGCCUCACCCCUGUGAGCGCAAGACGCUAGAGACGGUCAGGGAGCUUGUGGGCAGUGCCCCGUGCUGGAGAGGAUCGCGGGGGACCGAAGCCGUGCUGGCGGCGCUCUGUCCCUUCUCCAGCUGGAAGAGAGUGUUCCUAACCCACCCUGCCACCUGCUACAGGACCACCUGCCCAGGCGCUUGUGACUCGCAGCCCUGCCAGAAUGGAGGCACGUGUGUUCCAGAAGGACGGGACAGGUACCACUGCCUCUGCCCGCCGGCCUUUGGAGGGGAGGCUAACUGCGCCCCCAAGCUGAGCCUGGAGUGCAGGGUCGACGUCCUCUUCCUGCUGGCCAGCUCAGCGGGCACCACCCCGGAGGGCUUCCUGCGGGCCAAGGCCUUCGUGAAGCGGUUUCUGCAGGCGUCGCUGAGCGAGGACUCCCGGGCCCGCGUGGGGGUGGCCUGGUACAGCGGGGAGCUGGCCCUGGCGGUGCCCGUGGGCGAGUACCGGGACGUGCCGGCCCUGCUCGGGAGCCUCGACGGCCUUCCCUUCGGCGGUGGCGCCACCCUGACGGGCCAUGCCCUGCGGCAGGCGGCGGACCACGGCUUUGGGAGCGCCGCCAGGACGGGCCGGGACCGUCUGCGCAGAGUGCUGGUCCUGCUCACCGAGUCCCCGUCCCAGGACGAGGUGGCCAGCCCCGCACGUCACGCGAGGGCCCGAGAGCUGCUCCUGCUGGGAGUGGGCACUGAGGCCGUGCGGGCGGAGCUGGAGGAGAUCACCGGCAGCCCGAAGCGCGUCCUGGUCCACGCCGGCCCGCAGGACCUGUUCCACCGAAUCCCUGAGCUGCGGCGGAAGCUGUGCAGCCGGCCGCGGCCAGGCUGCCAGGCACAGUCACUGGACCUGCUCUUCGUGUUGGAUGCCUCGGCCUCGGUGGGGCCUGAGAACUUCGCCCAGAUGCAGAGCUUCGUGAGAAGCCUCACGCUGCAGUUUGACGUGAACCCGGACGUGACACAGGUCGGCCUCGUGGUGUACGGCAGCCGGGUCCAGACGGCCUUCGGGCUGGACACCCAUCUCACCCAUGCCGCGGUGCUGCGGGCCACAAGCCAGGCCCCCUACCUGGGCGGGGUGGGCUCGGCGGGCACAGCCUUGCUGCACGUCUAUGACAAAGUGAUGACUGUCCAGAGGGGCGCCCGGCCUGGUGUUCCCAAGGCCGUGGUGCUGCUCACAGGCGGGAUGGGGGUGGAGGACGCAGCUGUCCCUAUCCGGAAGCUGAGGAACAACGGUGUCUCCGCGUUGGUGGUGGGCGUGGGGCCUGUCCUGAGGGACGCGCUGCGGAGGCUCGCGGGUCCCCGGGACUCCCUGAUCCACGUGGCAAGCUACGCAGACCUGAGGUACCAGCAGGAUGAGCUCCUCGAGUGGAUAUGUGCAGAAGCCAAGCGGCCGGUCAGCCUGUGCAAGCCCAGCCCGUGCCUGCACGAGGGUACCUGCGUCCUGCAGAACGGGAGCUACCGCUGCGAGUGCCGGGGCGGCUGGCAGGGCCCCCACUGUGGGAACCCGCCCCCCGAGGACGGACAAAGGAGCUUGGAGACUUUCGAUGGCCCGCUGGAAGCUCACUUUGCCCACAGCAAACGCGAAACAGAACGUCGCCGGGACGGCAGUGCUCAGGAGGCGGCGAGCACUAGUGUCCUUCGGACCCGCGGAGCCACGGCACUUCGAGACUGA